UUUGUUGUUUUCUUCUUUUACACACAUUACAACUACAACGUUUUACAACUGCCCCCCCUCCAACCCACCACCACUUGUUCAAUCAAUCAAUUUGAGAAUUCGCAAGAUCAAUUGAUUUAAUACUUGAUACCGUACCCUUUACUUGAUCUAGAACAAACACCCGGAAAGUCAACAACUUUACACAUUUUACACAACCGUAUAAAUCAAUUAUAGAGAUUUUACUUUCUAGACCAAAACAUUCAUUACUUUUUUAAUUUUUUUUGUCAUAUAUCUGUAAUUAUACAUUAAAACAUCAUCAUGGGUUUAUCAUUUUCUAAAUUAUUCGCCAACUUAUUUGGUAACAGAGAAAUGAGAAUUUUAAUGGUUGGUUUAGAUGCUGCCGGUAAGACCACCAUUUUAUAUAAAUUAAAGUUGGGUGAAAUUGUUACCACAAUCCCAACCAUUGGUUUCAAUGUUGAAACUGUUGAAUAUAAGAACAUCUCCUUCACAGUGUGGGAUGUCGGUGGACAAGAUAAGAUUAGACCAUUAUGGAGAUACUACUUCCAAAACACCCAAGGUAUCAUUUUCGUUGUGGAUUCCAACGAUAGAGACCGUAUUGCUGAAGCAAGAGAAGAAUUACAACAAAUGUUGAACGAAGAUGAAUUGAGAGAUGCAUUAUUAUUAGUUUUCGCUAAUAAACAAGAUUUACCAAAUGCCAUGAAUGCUGCUGAAAUAACUGAAAAGUUAGGUUUACACUCUAUCAGACAAAGACCAUGGUACAUUCAAGCUACUUGUGCAACUACUGGUGAUGGUUUAUAUGAAGGUUUAGAAUGGUUGUCUACUAACUUGAAGAACUCUUCUUAAUCUUGCCAACUCCACCAUUUAAUUCUCUAAAUAGCCUCUCUUUAUAACGUCGAAGUUUUUCUUUAUAUAUAUAUAUAGCAGUGUUCACACUGUUACCUUUUUUUAUUUGUUAAAUAUAUAAAGAUAUAAUAAUAGUAUCCCAUCAAUUUAGAAUUUGAUAUGGUGAAUUAGUUUUAUGUAGAAGUGAGCCUUGGGGGAAGAACGUUUUCCAUUGUUCUCGAUUCCACACAACGUUCAACUUUUCACCAAGUUUAAAAGGGAACGUAUAACUUAUAGUGUUUACCUGGAUCAAACUCUUCCGAACUACGUAUCAUACUGACGAGGUUACCAUUUGUGCAUCCAGCAAGUUAUUUACAUGGAAAUGACGUAUGGUAUACCACUCUGUCUGACAAGGUGGGCUAUUUUUAGAAAAUAGUAAGGAAAGAUUACGCGUUAAUUAUACCAUGAACACUUACCGCUUUCGGAAAUUGCGAAAACACACAAAAAAAAAUUAUAUGUAAUUCACUACUUAAUAAAAUGUGGUUUAUUACAGGGAUAGCUUUUUGUAUCAUGGUAUAGCGUAUUGUUAAUACUUCAAUUGAAAAAGUCGGAAAGUUUUUAAUUAAGCACGAGGGCAAGGUUAUCCAUACCUGCCAAUGUGAUUGGCAACGGAGUAGAUUAGAAUUAAACUUAACACUGUAAAAUAGUUGACAUUUGUACGUUCACAGUUAGAAUGUAGUAAGCUCUCCCCCUCAUUGAUGGGCGUGUGUUAUUAUAGCAUU